UGCCAUUUCAAUUCAAACAGCAUAUAGACAGAGCGGCAGCGACGGCGGCACAUCACAUCACCAACACAAAGCACAAAAAUGAACGUGGAACAUGAAGUUACUCUGCUUGUUGAUGAGAUUCGUCGACUGGGCACCAAAAAUGCAGAUGGGAAGAUCAGCGUCAAAUUUGGAGUCUUGUUUAAUGAUGACCAGUGUGCCAACCUCUUUGAAGCUCUGGUCGGAACACUGAAAGCAGCCAAGCGAAAGAAGGUCGUCACUUUUGAUGGGGAGCUGUUACUGCAAGGAGUUCAUGAUAACGUUGAUGUCGUAUUACUGCAGGAUUGAAUUUGACGUUUCUAAAAUCAAGUUAAAAAGUCUUUUUGAGAUGCCGCUGCUUCAGUGAGAGCAUUUUGAUAUGGAAAUACUGUAUACUUGAGAAUGUUAAAUUUUUUUGUAUCCUGCAUUGGAAAUAUUUUUAUACAGCAAUAUUUCUCUCAGGGGAGUCAUUUGCACAAUGAUUUUGAAAUUUAGCAAUCUUCCCUGUUCAAACACCUCAACAGCCAUCAUUAAAAUAUAUAUUAGCAGUUAUAUUGUGUAUGAGUAUGUUACUAAUUUUCUAGGACUUUGAAUAAAUUAAUCACAAACAUUCUUUUCAACCUAAUGGAAACAAAUAUCUGCACCAGAUAUUGUCAAUUGUAAAUUCUUAUAGACGAUUGCCAAUUAUGUUUGCGUUGUUUAUAGCCUACAUAAUUGCUGUCUUUUCAACAGUAUUUGUGGAGCAGUUUGUUUGCAAUACUAAAACUCUAAUGGUAUUCAUUGGCUGAGUUAUUUGUGCCAGUUGCUUAGAUCCAUUACAUCCCAAGAUCAUAAAUAUGACCAGUAAUUUCACACUCAACUGCCAUUUGAUUUCCUGCUAUUGAAGAUAUAAAGAAAGAAUUAGUUUCAGUAUGAAAUUCUGGAAUAUUAUCAAAUUUUUAUGAAGCACUUGAUGAUUCAUAGUAAUGGUUUUCCAAUAAUGAUUCUCAUUUACUUGAAGUGCUUAAUUUUGAUUUUGUCCCGAUGUUAUACUUUCAUGGAUAGAACCUUGUUAUCUAUGUUUUUACAGAUGUUUGUGGCAUUUCAUUGAAGCUAAGGAAGAACUUUAACAUAAGAGCAGCACAAAAAAAAAAUCUUUUUAUUUAUUUUUUGUGAUGGUGCAUUUAGUAAUGGCUGAGCAGUUUAUUUAAAAGUACAAUAAACCCUGGCAUUUA